UCGACGUCACUUUUUGUUUAAUGAAAAUGGAUGAAAAUGAGUCACAAAAGUAUUUGUGAUUUACAAACGACGUUUAAUUAAAUCUAUUCUAAACGUUUUAUUAUUAACUGUAUCCCGGAAAAGCAGUAGAUAUGUUCUCCAGUGGUCCAAACUAUACAAAGUUAAAGACGAAUCUUCGUCUCGCUUUGAAUAGGCUUAAAUUAUUGGAAAAAAAGAAGGCUGAACUAGCGCAGAAGGCACGAAAGGAAAUUGCAGAUUACUUGGCCACUGGGAAAACGGAGCGGGCCCGCAUUCGAGUAGAGCACAUUAUACGUGAGGAUUAUCUUGUGGAAGCUAUGGAAAUAAUUGAAAUGUACUGUGACCUCCUCUUGGCCCGUUUCGGUUUAAUUACGCAGAUGAAAGAAUUAGAUGAUGGCAUUGCUGAGGCAGUAUAUAGUUUGGUGUGGGUGUGCCCGCGCCUGCAAAGUGAUGUGGCCGAACUCAAAGUGAUUUCCGAUAUUUUCAUUACUAAAUACGGGCCUCAAUUUGCCGAGCAUUCCCGUACUGCAACGGGAGAGCAUCAAGUAUCUGGAAAAUUGAUGAAUAAACUCCAGCUUCAAGCUCCGCCUAAACUGUUAGUGGAAAAGUAUUUAAUCGAAAUAGCUAAAAAUUAUAAUAUCGAGUAUGAGCCCGACCCACAAGUAAUGCAAGAGGAAAAGGCCAACAGCGAUCAACCACAGGCACAUUUAAUUGAUUUAUCAGACCGAAAUAACUUGGGAGGUGGUGGUGGAGUAGGUCCACCACCUCAAAUGGGUUUUAUUGGCUACCCCUCACUUCCUCCUCUGCCAGACCCUCCAGCAGCAAAGCCAUUCAAUUAUCCACCACCUUACGGUCCAGGGCCGGGAUCUGGUGGUGGUGGAUCUGCAGCGUCUGGAGCCACUCCACCACAGCCGUUUGCCUAUAAUAUACCACCAGCUCAAUCCAAUUAUGAGCAUANCGAAAUAACUUGGGAGGUGGUGGUGGAGUAG